AUGAGGAGGGUGGGGGUCCUGUGGCUGCUCCUGCUGGGCCCGGGGGGCGUCGGGACCCGAUCCUGCCCCAACCACCCGGAUUCCUGCCCAGCUCGUGCGUGCCUCGUCGGGGCCUGGAGUCCCUGGAGCGCUUGUGCGGAGCGAUGCCAGCCGGCCGAGCGGGUACGGAGGCGCCCCGUGCUGCGGGAGCCCCAGGACGGCGGGGACCCGUGCCCGCCGUUGGAGGAAAAAGCCGGUUGCCUCGACUACCUCGACCCCCAGGGCCGGGACUGCGGCCUAGAGCACGUCCCCGCCUUCAUAACAAGCUUCGCUCACAGCCUGGAGAGGAACCGACCCGCUCCGUCCUCCCGAUGGCCGCAUGACCAAGAGGAUGCCGGGUACUGUGUGGAGUUCCGAGUGGACACCCUGUCUCCCCCGUGUUCAGGGGCCGCCCGGCCCUGGACCCGCUGGAUGCGGUACCUUCGGCGAGGACACGUGGUGUGCGUGGACUGUCGGCCCCCGGCGAUGACUUCCCCGAACCCACGCUGCUUGGGCGACGGCCUGGACGCCGACGGAGAUCGAGCUCUUCACUGGCAUGCCAUCGGCAACCCCCACUGUCACGGAACUUGGAAAAAAAUUCGGAAGGUGAACCGGUGUUCGUGCCCAGAUGUGCACAGCUUUGUGUUUAUCUGAAUUUCAAAGUGGGGAGGGGGGAAAUCUAAGAAAGUGAUUUGAGGGACAUACCCUAAAAUAGACUGUGAGCCCACUGUUGGGUAGGGACUGUCUCUAUGUGUUGCCAAUUUGUACUUCCCAAGCGCUUAGUACAGUGCUCUGCACAUAGUUAAGCGCUCAAUAAAUACGAUUGAUGAUGAUGAUGAUACCCGUUUUGGUCAAAUCAAGGUAGCGAACCCCUUUUUGCGUGGCUUUUUUUCUUUUUGACAAUUUGCUAUUUCCGCUCUGUUUAUUGAGCCUGCCCCAGCAGGCUCUGAGGGAGACAGCCCGAGGAGAGGCGGAGGCUAGAACAGUGCUUGGCACG